AUGGACGAUUGUGUGCACAAGAUUUUGACCGAAUUCCAAAGAUCCGACAUCACUCUAGUCGAAUGGGAGACUCCUUUGCUACAACGCUUGGGCUACCCGCUUGCACCCAAGCCUGACUUGAUAUUCUUGGUCCCCGACGAACAAAUCCAAGAGGCCCGUCGAAUCGUCGAAGGAAACGGUUUGCGAGACAAUAACCGACGUCCAAGCUAUCUCUCUGAGCAUGCAAACAAGGGUUUUCGCUACGUUCACGGCGAUGAAGGUCACAGACUCAUACUAGUACCUCUUUCCUCGACUGGCAUCAAACAAGAUGAGCUCCUACCACUUGACUCAUCUGACCUACCAUGCUCUCUCUGGACGGUGCCCAUGCCUUCCCUUUGCGCUGCCUAUCUGCGCAUCAUCACGGCAGCAGAACGUGGAGCCAUGGCUCGCGCAAUUGCGGUUUCAGACCUUACAGCUGUUGUUGUACACAGCAUGUUUGAUAUGAGCUACGAGGGAGACUAUAUGCCCUUACCCGAAGACGAAGAUCUAGACUUGAGCGACGAGGAGAAGGCGAGAUGGGCCGAAAAGGACGCCAUGGAACUUGAGGCUGCAAUUAAGAGCAUAAAUCAGUGGCAUUUUGCCGAGGGUACUGAGUGGGCGAAAGAGAUGAUCAUCGAGUUAGUGUCCGGGAAGCUAUUGUUAUAA